UUUCCGUCUCAGCUGAACUGCGUGACAGUCACAUGAUACACUGUAACAUUCAUGUUUUUUUUUGUAACAUUCCUCAUCAGAUCAACACACAAGAUGCAUCUGAUACAUAGUGUGUCUGGAAGUUUAUAGUGUGUAAUACUGGACUGAAGCAUCAUCUUCAUCAUCAUCAUCAUCAUGCCUCUGACAGCUGCUGUGAUUGGUGGAGUUCAGAAACUGGUGCUGUAUGAGACCAGAGCCAGGUAUUUUCUUGUGGGCAGUAACAACGCACAAACGAAGCAUCGUGUCUUGAAGAUUGACCGCACUGAACCGCGAGACCUGGUCAUUAUUGACGAUAAGCAUGUUUACAGUCAACAGGAAGUGCGGGAGUUGCUGGGCAGGUUGGAUCUUGGUAAUCGCACAAAGAUCGGACAGAAGGGUUCCUCUGGUCUCUCGAGAGCUGUAUCUGCCUACGGCAUUGUGGGUUUUGUCCGCUUUCUGGAGGGUUACUACAUUGUGUUGAUCACAAAACGUCGUAGAAUGGCUGACAUCGGCGGUCAUUCUAUUUAUAAGAUUGAAGACACAAAUAUGAUCUACAUUCCCAAUGAUUCAGUCAGAGUUACACAUCCAGAUGAGGCCCGGUAUGUGAGAAUCUUCCAGAAUGUGGACCUGUCCAGUAACUUCUAUUUCAGUUACAGCUAUGACCUGAGUUACUCGCUACAGUAUAACCUGACGGUGCUGCAGAUGACCUGUGACCCCGGAGAGUGCGAGGAACUGAGCACCAGCAGCAGACAGGACAGCUUUGAUAUCUUUGAAGAGGAGGGACUCCCCACUCAAGUUGUCCACGGUUUAAAAAACGAACCCUACGCGAAAUAUGUGUGGAACGCUCGUCUGCUGGAAAAAGUGAAGGACAUUGUGCAUCCUGAUUGGCUGUUGUACAUCAUCCAUGGAUUCUGCGGCCAAUCCAAGUUGUUGAUUUAUGGCAGGCCGGUGUACGUCACCUUGAUCGCCCGCCGUUCCAGUCGCUUUGCAGGGACGCGUUUUCUCAAAAGAGGAGCCAACUGUGAGGGCGAUGUGGCGAAUGAAGUGGAGACCGAACAGAUCAUCCAUGAUGCCUCUGUCAUGUCAUUCUCGGCGGGCAGUUACUCAUCCUGUGUGCAGGUCAGAGGGUCGGUUCCUCUACACUGGUCUCAGGACAUCUCCACCAUGAUGCCCAAACCACCCAUACGCUUGGAUCAGGCUGAUCCGUAUGCUCAUGUCGCUGCUCUUCACUUUGAUCAGAUGUUGCAGAGGUUUGGAUCUCCAAUCAUCAUCUUGAACCUCGUCAAGAAACGAGAGAAAAGGAAACAUGAGAAGAUCUUGAGUGAAGAGCUUUACCCUGCCAUCACCAACCUCAACCAGUUCCUCCCGCCGGAGCACGGCAUCGAGUACAUCGCCUGGGACAUGGCCCGAUACACCAAGAGUAAACUGUGUAACGUGUUGGAUCGACUCAGUUUGAUUGCUGAGAAUGUGGUGAAGCGGACGGGUUUCUUCGUUAAUCGACCCGAUUUUUACUGCCAUACGUUACGACCUGAUGAAAGGUGGGGAGAUCUUGGAGGGAAGGUCACACCUAAGGGCAGGUUGCAAACUGGCGUUUUGAGGACAAACUGCGUGGACUGUCUGGACCGAACGAACACCGCUCAGUUCAUGGUGGGCAAAUGUGCACUGGCCUAUCAGCUCUACGCACUCGGAAUGAUAGACAAACCAAAACUUCAGUUCGACACAGACUGCGUCAGAUUAUUUGAAGAGUUGUAUGAAGACCACGGCGACACACUGUCUUUACAGUACGGAGGAUCUCAACUGGUGCACAGAGUGAAGACGUACCGUAAGAUCGCGCCCUGGACACAACACUCCAAAGACAUCAUGCAAACGCUUUCACGUUACUAUAGCAACGCCUUCUCAGAUGCAGACAGACAGGAUGCUAUAAACCUCUUCCUGCAGGUUUAUCAGCCGUGUGAAUCAAAGCCUCAUCUCUGGGAGCUGCCCACUGACUUCUACCUUCACCACAGUAAUACCAUGAUCCUGCCACAGGACAGACACAGUUACACGCACUGGUGGUCUGAUGGAGUGCUGUUGUAUCUCCCGUUACCGUAUGAUGAAGCCGAGUGUGAGCAGAACAGGAAGAAGGUUUCAGUGAAGCACGUGAACAGAUAUGAAGAGAGUAUUGACAUCUACACAGAGUUCUUCAGACCGUACGAGCUCACCGCGUUCGACGAAACGUUUAGCAUCGCCAUGACGAACUCCAUGAGGGAGUUUAUGCCGAAGACGGUAGGGCUCGACCCGAGUCCUUUCACUGUUCGUAAACCAGACGAGAGUGCAAAGUCAGUGCUCAGUAAUAAGUCAAGUAAAGAGGAAGCAGUGUUACAGAGGAAGACGGCCGCCAGCGCUCCUCCUCCUCCCACUGAAGAGCAGAUCUCCAGCAGCUCGGAGGACGAUUCUGAGGAUGAUCGAGAAGACGACGGAACCACCUCCCAGCGCUCUACACCAAUCAAACUGACUGAGCCGGCCAACAGUAUUCGCACACAUGAGGAUCAGCCGCAGCUGCAGCGUCUGCCGCCGGUCAAAGAGACGUACGGACUGAAUCUGUUGGCGUACCCCCCUGAUGAAGACCUUCUCAUAUAUCACAGAUUUGCUCAUCUGGGUCAGAACCAGCACAAGGUGGAGAGACGAGAUGACACAAAGAAAUCAGAAAACGUCAUCAGCCUAGCUCCAGUAUCAUCCUUCCCAUCGGACAGUAUUUAUGAGGUUUCAGCUCCUGAGGUGGACGUCAAGAGCCGAGAGAUGUUCGAGUCCCACGUUCAGACGGGUCGGGGCUGGGUCAGAACUCUGUGUCAGGAGGACGUUCUCAUAUACCGCGAAUACAUCAAAAACAGAUACAUGUGAACCAUGGAACGAUUUCAGCUCAGAACACAACCUGAAUCUCCAAAAUUUAAACUUAAAUAUAAUAUAAAGCUUCCUGCUGAGUUUAUUCCUUUCCUUUACUUCUUUCUUUCUUUCUAUUUUUUUUUUUUACAGUUUUUAUUCAAUCUCAAACCUCUUCAUAUUUGUUUACUUGUUUUGCUUUUAUGAACUAAAAAAAAACACACAAUAAAGUUUGUUUUCUCUGAAUUGUAUUUAAUUUCACAUUCUAAUGUGCAUGCAUUUCUACAUUUGUAAAUGUUAGUAGGUUUUAACUCACGUUCGUUCUGAUAAAAAUUAUUAGAACUUUAAUGUUUGCUUAUAAUAAAUGUUAAUGUGGUUGGUAAAGAUGAGUAAUUUGACAGUCAA